CUGACUUGGUCUGAUCGUUGUCUGCACGCCUGAAAGCACGGCAAGAAAAGUCUAGGCUUUGGUUUCCUUUCACUCGGGGGUACUUCCACCAUGUCUCGCUACCACAAGGCGGCCAUUGACGGCAACUUGGAGCUUUUGAAGGAGGCCACAAGGAAGGACCUGAACUGGCCAGACGAGGAUGGCAUGACGCCCACCUUGCUGGCUGCUUUUCACGGACACCUCAAUGCACUCCAGCUCAUUUGCAGCAGAGGGGGAGACCCCAACAGAAGCGACAUCUGGGGCAACACGCCGCUGCACCAUGCCGCCGCCAACGACCACAUGCACAUCCUCAGCUUCCUGGUUAGCUUUGAGGCCAACCUGUUUGCGUUGGACAAUGACCUCCACACUGCGAUGGACGUCGCCGCUUCGCGGGACCGCAUGGAGUGUGUGCGCUUCCUGGACGGUGCGGCCUCCCAGCAGACCAACCAGAACCCCAAGAGGGUCGCCAGGUUAAAGAAGGAGGCCGGCAAAGAAGCAGAGAAACGGAAGAAACUCUGCGAGAAGGUGAAGAGGAGACACCAAAGCAAGAUGAACAAGAUGUACCGCGGCGCAGACUCCGUGGGGUCUGUUUCGGAGGUCGGCGAGACAGCGGAUUUGCCGAGCAGUGACACAGUUAGCGAGCAGUUCUCCAAGCUUAUUGCCUCUGACCAAACCGGCUCGCUGACAGCCAGAGUGAGAGGCACACUGCAGAAGAAGCUGGGGAAGAAAGAAAAGGGGACUCUGCAGAGAUCUGGUGCAGAUGGAAAUGUUAUUUUCCUCAAGCAGGAAGACGCAGCCGCUGGGAAUCCUGACUUCUUGGAUGUUUUUAACGAGCGGGAUGAGAGGAUGCUGGAAGAGGAAGAAGAGGCCGACCAUGGUGACCAUGGUGACUCGGGUCAAGUCAAACAGUCCAUCUUCAACAGACCCGGUCUUGGGGGUCUUAUUUUUAUGAAGAGGAUGAGUCUGGACACGGAGGACGUCUUUAGUGGAAACAGCAAAAAUCUGGGCUACCUGGUUAAAAAUGAAGAACUGGAGGCAGAGGAAGAGGAGAACCCCAACACGGAUGUGCCGUGGGAGCAGGAAGAUCUGGGCCUGGAUGACGAGGAGGAGGAGGAGACUUCUCCGCUGGAUGCCUUUUUGUCUGCCAUCUCCUUGUCAGAGUUUGCCUUGGCUUUCACCCGAGAGCACUUGGACCUGGAGGCACUCAUGCUUUGCUCAGAUGAAGACCUGAAAAGCAUUCGCAUCCAGCUGGGACUUAGGAAGAAGAUCCUGGAAGCGGUUUCGCGUCGGAAAAACGUUCUGGAACGCCCGUGUGCCAUGGGGGACAGCUGUCUGUGAGGACUCCAAAAAAGCUUAAACCACAAUGUGCCAUGUUUCAGAGAGGACGUUGGAUUUGUUGUGCAAAAAUUGAUUCCAUAAACUAUCUCAAAAACAAGAGAUGGAAUAUCACUUAUUAGAAUAAUUAUGUGUAAAUUAUCACACAACUCUGAUGGUUAAAGGCCGUUGCUAUAGUUAUUAUCAACAGUGCUGAAGUUGUACUUUUCUAUCUGUGCAAUGCGAGUCGUCUCGUAUCAGUGUUUGUGUCCAGAACCAGCCUGCUGACUGCCAAGGCUGAACAUCAAGUACCGUGACACAGACAAAGCAGAGACAGGGCAAUAUCACAUUUGCAUUUCUGAAUAAUCAUAUAUUGUGUCUAGCUGGGGCUGCUGGGAUUACCCCCCUUCAUUCAGCAACAGCCACAGUGAUGUAACCAGGGACCUCCCAAAUAAAUACAGGAGCACGUGGGCUGGACUUUAGAGCUUAGGUUGUUUCUGUAACUAGAGUACGGCCCGAAACGUCUCUGCUCAUUGAGCUAAAUUGAACUCUGUCUCUGCAUGAUUCCUUAAAUCUUGUCUGUUUAAUAGAUGUCAUCAGUGUUUGAACCUAACACAGUAUAUGUAGUUAAGUAUAGAAAUAGCAUCAUGUAAAAGUGCCACAAACCCUUGUCAAGUCAAGAAAAGAUGAGUUGUGUUAAGUCUGUCAUGUGACAAUAUGCUGUAAAAGAUUCAUCUGGAGGUUGGAUGUUGGAUGAAUAAAAGGUUCUAAUUGGU